AUGGCUGUAACUAAAGAAUCCACGGAUGGAUUUAUAGAAGUCCCUCAGAUAUUUUCUGUGCAUCCAACUAAUGUCUUGAUUCCGCCUCCACUGAUUCCAAAAUCUCCUCCAGCAAUGCAGCUUGGACCGCUGACACCUCAUACAUUUUAUCCGACACCUCCUUUCAUGGUUAAACAAGUCAUUAAAGCUUUGGUGUUGAGAAAGUUACCAAAACCUAUACGAAUUGAACCGUCUGUUUUAAGCAAUGUUGAAUCCAUAUAA